AUGGAUAGAGGAAAGUUAAGUCUGAUAUCUACGCCUUCAACAUCUUCUUCUUUCACGACGACGACGACGACAAGAAGACAUUUUAGAAGACAUUUUAGAAGACGUGAUGAAGGGUUUAAAUGCAUUUACGCGUCGUCGCUCUCACCGAAAAUAGUCGUCGUCGCUGAAGGGGAGCAAACGACGACGACAUCAAAAACGACGACAUCAAAAUACGAAGUCACGGAGAAAGUGAAAAUUGGUUCCAAACGUCAAGUCCAGUUGGAUGUGAGAAGCGGAAGGUUGUACGCGCAAGCGCUGGAAAAGACAGCCACGUUAAAAGUAAACGGAAACGUAUGUUUUCCAGGGGUAGCGUACGUCAUCAAACCAGAAGGCGCACUAUGCGAGAUUGGCUCUCAAGGCGAAGACGAGGUUGGAAUCUUCAACGUGUCGUUGGAAAACGCGAAUACAAACGCAACGGCGAGCGCGGACGCGAUGUCGGAAAUGUUGGCGAAGAGCUUCGAGAUGACGGCGAGUAAAGAGGUUCAAAACGCGUUGAAGGUGGAGAAAGUCAUCGCGGCAAAGAAAUUAGCCAUUCACACGAAAGAUAUGGAUUUACCUCCUCCAUCUUCUUCGUCGCGGUGA